GCCGGAACGCGAACCGGAACGGGCCCCGUCAUAUGACAGCGGCUACGCCGCAGCCGGCGAGCGCGCGUGCUGCUGCCCGCUCCGCUGCGCCACAGCCACCGGCGCCUGGGGUGGCCCUUGCCGCGCCCCACUGAGCGGUCGCCCGUCGCCGCCGCCCCGCGCCCCCAGCUCCCGGGCUCCCGGGCUCCGGGGGAGGAGCAGAAGGGAGCCCGCCCGUCGGCGCCGAGCCUAAAAUGGCCACGCUGCUGCGGAAGAUCGGGCUUAUCCGCCUGCACAACCGGGACACCGAGGACCCCAAGCACCACCACAACCACCGCGGCGGCGGCCAGCAGAGCGCGUCUCUGCGAGGCAAGGGCGGCGCCAAGAGCGGCGGCCACAAGCAGCAGCAGCAGCAGCAGCAGCACCCCGGAGGCGCGGGCGACGCCAGCCCGGGACCGGGCAAGGGCAAGGGCAAGCGCGCGGCGGAGGUGGCCCCGCGCGACAAGGCGCCGGCGGCAGCGGCUGCGGCGGCGGGGGCGGCGGGGGCCGGGGGACCCCGCGAUCGGGCGGCUGGAGCCAGGGCGGGGCCGGGCCCGGCGGUGGCGGCGGCGACGGGCGGCAGCCUGGUCCCCGCGGCGCGCCAGCAGCACUGCACGCAGGUGCGCAGCCGGCGGCUCAUGAAGGAGCUGCAGGACAUCGCGCGCCUCAGCGACCGCUUCAUCUCAGUGGAGCUGGUGGACGAGAGCCUGUUCGACUGGAACGUGAAGCUGCACCAGGUGGACAAGGACUCGGUGCUGUGGCAGGACAUGAAGGAGACCAACACCGAGUUCAUCCUGCUCAACCUCACCUUCCCUGACAACUUCCCUUUCUCGCCGCCCUUCAUGCGGGUGCUCAGCCCGCGCCUGGAGAACGGCUACGUGCUGGACGGCGGCGCCAUCUGCAUGGAGCUGCUCACGCCGCGCGGCUGGUCCAGCGCCUACACCGUGGAGGCCGUCAUGCGCCAGUUCGCGGCCAGCCUGGUCAAGGGCCAGGGACGGAUCUGUAGAAAAGCUGGCAAAUCAAAAAAGUCCUUCAGUCGCAAGGAAGCUGAAGCUACCUUUAAGAGUUUGGUGAAGACGCAUGAAAAAUACGGUUGGGUCACCCCGCCCGUGUCCGAUGGCUGAUGUCUGCCGCCUGCAGUAGACGCUCGAGCGCCUGUCCACACACACACCAGUACCCCGACAUCUCCUCAACGCUGUGCAUCCUCCACCCUUUUUUACUCCAGCCAGAACUGCAUCCUGAAUGCCAAGGAGACGUUUAAGUUAUUUAUGAACAGAUGUGUUUACAGAGAGGAAGAUGGAGCAAAUGCCGUUCGGAUUAUGUUUCGAUUAUAAAUGAAUGAUCACCUCUAAGUCACUUUAGAACACAUGUUGAGAUGGUGACAUUUCCCAGCCUGCCUGCCCCUCUGCCUGCCCCAGUCACAUUGCCCUGAGCUUCUUUCCAUGACAGCAGCUCCAAUGAGCCAGCAGGAAACUCAAUAUCCCUGCUCGCUCCAUUUCCAUGUAAAUGGCGCCGUUCACAUUUCAUAGGAACGCCGUGCAUCGCCACUGUGCGUCCCCGGCACAUGUUUGCUGUGCUCUGUAUCUCUGUUUUUCUUCCUGGAAGGUCAACAUAACCUGAAGAUGUGUCUUUCUGUGGCCCAUGGUCCGCUGUGAUGACAUGUAGACCUCAUUUGUGCUAUGACCUUCGGCUCAUGAAAACACAAGUUUAAUAUUGCCAGGUUCUAGUGAUUUAAAACUACAACCGCCCACUUGGUGAAAAUGUGCUCUCGAUGCUGAUUUGUGGUGUGCUGCUGUCCACAGAUAAACCAGUGCCAUUAGAGGGAAGGCAGAA